UAUGGUGAUGAUGUGUUUAUGUUAAUCACAUAGCUAAGGCAAAAACCUAAAUGAUUCGCGGGAAAAAGUGAAAAAUGGCGACAAGCAGAGUUUGAACUUUAGCGCCUGUACACAUAUUUGCAAGAAGAGACAACUCCUCGCUAAUGGAACGUUACUCAACAGCAACAACAAUAUUUCGAGUUUUAUCGAACCUGGGUUGGAAGUUUAUCAAGGGGGAAGUGUUGUAGUGUGUGGACAGCCCAGCUGCAGCAUGUUGGAGUCAGCAUACAGAGAUGACUUCUGCAGUGUGGAGCCGAAGAAGGGGCUGGAUGCCAAGCGUCUACCCCAGAAGAGGGAGCGGAGCUUCACAGACCUGGAGAGCAGCCUGACCGUGGGCCAGUAUGUCCUGUGUCGAUGGUCUGAUGGCCUAUACUACCUGGGGAAGGUCCAGAGAGUGAGUGCCUCCAAGCAGAGCUGCUUUGUCACUUUUGAAGAUAAUUCAAAAUUCUGGGUUCUCUGGAAAGACAUCCAACAUGCUGGAGUUCCGGGGGAGGAACCCAAAUGCUCGGUUUGUUCUGAAAUGGUGCUGGUGUCUGACAAUGAGAUCCUGAUAUGUGGGAAAUGUGGAAUAGGUUACCACCAGCAGUGCCACCUGCCAGAGGUGGAGAGCUCAAUGGAUUUGUCACCAUGGUUUUGCAGGAGGUGCAUCUUUGCUUUAGCUGUGCGGAAAGGGGGAGCUCUCAAAAAGGGCGCUAUAGCAAAAUCACUGCAGGCCAUGAAGCAGGUGCUUACCUACAACCCAGCAGAGCUGGAGUGGGAUUCUCAGCACCGCACAAAUCACCAACAGUGUUAUUGCUACUGUGGAGGACCUGGAGAGUGGUACUUGAAGAUGCUGCAGUGUUUUCGGUGUCAACAGUGGUUCCAUGAGGCCUGUAUCCAGUGCCUACAGGAGUCCAUGAUGUUUGGAGAUAGGUUUUACUUGUUCAUCUGUUCCGUGUGUAAUAAAGGACUGGAGUACAUUAAGCGCCUGGCUCUCCGAUGGGUGGACGUGGUGCACUUGGCACUUUACAACCUGGGAGUCCAGAGUAAGAAGAAGUACUUUGAGCUGGAGGAGAUCCUUAACUUUGUCAGCAACAACUGGGAGCAUUUCCAUUUGGGCAAGCUCUCCAAUACUCCUCCAACAGAAAGAGGCCAAUAUCUCCUUGAUGCUUUGAACAACUACAAGAGCAAGUUUCUCUGCGGGAAGGAGAUCAAGAAGAGGAAAUGCAUCUUCCGCCUGAGGACACGCGUUCCACCGAACCCUCCCUCCAAACUCUUUCCCGAGAGGGCCCAAAACGAGGGAUGGAGAGGACGAAAGAAAGGCCCAGACAGGAACAGCUCUCUCCCGGCAGAGAAGAGGAGGAAGAAAAGGUCGAAAUGGCUGCUGGAGGACGCCAUUCCCAAUAAUGACCUGACCUCAGCCUGGAGCACCAACCAUCAUAUGGCCAACAUCUUUGACUUCACAUUGGACGAGUUACAAAGCCUCAAAAGCACUAGCUCGGGACGGACCUUCAGUCUUGACCUGGACUCCACAGACGCUGCCAGCACCUCUGGGUCCGCCACCACCAGUGUCUCCUACGACUUCAGGAAGAAUGUUGGCAGUCGUAAGAGGAAGCUGCCCACCUCUAACUAUACGGUGCUGGCCACUAAGAAGGAGGUGGUGGAGAGCGAGCUGAGCCCCAUGGAGCUGAGCCUACCAGGAGAGGAGGCUGCCUCCGCGAUGCUGGACAACGCGAUCGACAGCCACACCUUUGACAGCAUCAGCGAGGACGACUCCUCCCUCUCCCACCUCAAGUCGUCCAUCACCAACUACUUUGGGGCGGCGGGGCGGCUCACCUGUGGAGAGAAGUACCAGGUGCUGGCCCGCCGUGUCACUCCAGAGGGGAAGGUGCAGUAUCUGGUUGAAUGGGAGGGCACCACUCCCUACUGACCGAGCCGGCCAGACUGGCUGGCUGCUGCAGUCAGAAGGGGGAGUAAUAGGCAAGAUCGGCAUAGCAAGGCCUACCUGGUUGUACUCGUUUAUUUUUUUAAUGUUACUUUCUCUUGCUCUACAGUGCUAUCUUUAUUUCAGUAUAUAAUAUUAUUUUGGGUAUAUUGAACCAAUUUGGUAGCGUCCUCUUGAGCAUCUUGAAUAGAAACAAAGCCUGAAAAACUGUGUUCCAGAUGCUAGUUUGAAUAGGUUUGUGAUGGUAAAGAUAGCGAAAGAGUUGGCUCAGAGUUCCAAGAAAGAACAAUACCACUGAUUCUAAAGGAUGGAAGCAAAACUGUCGGAAGAGCACUACUAAAAUACGGGCUCUGUGUCCCUAAAUUCAACAAUAUUCUGCUCUAUUAAUAGUUUUUCACAGUAUUAAAAAAAAAAAAUCUUUCUGUUUAGAAUUAUUUCACAAUAACAGCAAUAUGCCAUAUCUAAGCCACAUUUACAGUGCAUUCAGAAAGUAUUCAUGCCCCUUGACUUAUUCCACAUUUUGUUCUGUUACAGCCUGAAUUCAAAAUGGAUUAAAUGUAUUGUUUCCACCCAUCUAUACACAAUACCCCAUCUACACACACUACCCCAUUUUGCAAAUGUAGGGAAAAUGAAAUACACAAAUAUCUAAUUCACUUAAGUAUUCACAGCCCUGAGUCAAUACUUUGUGGAAGCACCUUUGGCAGCGAUUACAGCUGUGAGUCUUUCUGGUUAGGUCUAAGCGCUUUCCACACCUGAAUUGUGCAACAUUUGCCCAUUUUAUUAUUUUCCAAAUUCAAGCUCUGUAAAAUUGGUUGUUGGAUCAUUGCUAGACAACCAUUUUCAGGUCUUGCCAUAGAUUUAAAUCAAAACUAUAUCUUGGCCGGUCAGGAACAUUCGCUGUCUUGGUAAGCAACUCCAGUGGGCAUCCCGAGAGGUGCAGUGGUCUAAGGCACUGGAUCGCAGUGCUAGCUAUGCCACUAGCGAUUAUCGGUUCGAGUCUAGGCUCUGUCGGAGCCAGCCCUGUCCGGGAGACCCAUGGGGCGACGCACAAUUGGCCCAGCGUCGUCCGGGUUAGGGGGAGGGUUUGGCAGGGAUGUCACAUCGCGCACUAGCGACUCCUAUGGCAGGCUGGGCGCAGUGCAAAAAAAAAAGCUAAUCCAGUGUAUAUUUGGCAUUGUGUUUUAGGUUAUUGUCCUGCUGAAAGGUAGAUUUGUCUCAUGAUGUCUGGUGGAAAACGGACUGAAUCAGGUUUUCCUCUAGGAUUUUACCAAUGUUUUAGCUAGAUUCUGUUUCUUAGCCCCCCAGUCCUUAACAAAAAACAUUGAUUGGAGAAGAUUUGGAAAGGCAUACAAGUGUCUAUAUAGGGUCCUACAGUUGACAGUGCAUGUCAGUGAAAAAACCAAGCCAUCAGGUCGAAAGGAAGUGUCCAUAGAGCUCAUAGACAGGAUUGUGUCGAGGCACAGAUUUCGGGAAGGGUACACAAAACAUUUCUGCAGCAUUGAAGGUCUCUAAGAAAACAGUGGCCUCCAUCAUUCUUAAAUGGAAAAAGUUUGGAACCACCGAGACUCAUCCUAGAGCUGCCCGCUCAUCCAAGCUGAGCAAUCAGGGGAGAAGGGCCUUGGUCAGGAAGGUGACCAAGGACCCGGUUGUCACUCCGACAGAGCUCCAGAGCUCCUCUGUCGAGAUAGGAGAACCUUCCAGAAGGACAACAAUCUCUG